CGGCAUCGCAUCUGGCUGCAUGCUGCGCUACGGAGGCGGUCUGAGCUCGGGAGGAUCCAGAGAAACCAGCACCCAGAUGGGACUGCUUCAGCUGGAAGAGACGAGGACGAGGACGGUAACUUUCUGUUUAUGUAGAAGUGAAAGUAGAGUACAGAGCAGACGGUUUGAAAUGAUGCAAGAAUGAUUGACUGCCUCACCUGAAGGCCGCCCCCAGGUUAGGCAACAAUUAUGAGCUGUCUGGAAAUCUGAUCCAACACAGCUCAGCUGACCAGCAUCACAUCAAGAGAUCAUCCAGCAAAGCCUCCACAAUGUCUGAUGGCAGAGUCCUGGUUUUCUUUGACCUGGAGACCACUGGAUUAGACACUACAAAGUGUGAGAUCAUCCAGGUGGCUGCCGUCCAUGAAGAAAGGGUCUUUAGUGUGUACAUUUUGCCGAGUCAGCCUAUUGAUGAGGGGGCCACCAAGGUGACGGGCUUCACCGUCAGAGAUGGUAAACUGUUUUGUCAUGAGGAUCUGAAGGCCACCACCCCUCUGCUCGAGGCUCUGCAGAGCUUCAUCGCCUUCCUGAGCUCCUUCAGGCGCCCGGUGCUCCUGGUGGGCCACAACGCCAGAAGCUUUGAUGCACCGAUACUCAGCAGGGUGCUGACGCAGUCCUCCCUCCUGGAGCCGUUCAGGGAGGCGGCCUCUGGCACUCUGGACACUCUCCCAGUGAGCAGGGAGCUCUUCCCUGACCUGCAGAACCACAGGCAGGAGUUUCUGGUGAGACGCUUCCUGAAUAAACAAUAUGGAGCUCACAAUGCUGUGGAGGAUGCCAAGGUCCUGCAGGAGCUCUUCAAGCACUGGGACAUCCAGGACCAAACCGUCUGGGAAAAGCAUGUCUUUUGAAA